GUAUGUACUACUGCCAGAGAGUUUUCGGGGCGGGGGUAGAGUAGAGUAGUGCUUUCUUGGCAUGGUUCGCGACGCACUUACCGCACCUACCUCUACAGCGCCGGAGGAUCAUCUGUUCUGCUUCCUUCUGGACCAGGUUGCCUUCGCUAUUAACGGCGCUCUCGUCGUACCUCGAGCUUGUCAUUAUUGCUAUAACACAUGCAGUCCUGUUAGUUAAUUUAUUGCGUUUAGUUAACAAGGUGUAGUGAGAUCAGUGCCUCUGGAUUUGUUUCUUUUAUUUUUAGCAACCAUUCACGAUGAGCGGGCGAGGUGUCAGACGUCGUGGGGUGGUUGCACACCUGAAAUAUGUCAAUAACCACUUAUGGAAACUUCACAUGGAAGUUAUUCAUGGUAUGGAGUAAAAGAGCAGAGUCUAUAAACAAAAUGGGAUCCCAAGUUGUUCCACAAACAUUUCAUGACAUGGAUAUUUUCCCCUCAUCAUCUCAAGUUCAUGAGAUGUUACAAUGUGCCAAUGAAUGCUCAAAGAGACAAAAUGGAGAUUAUAUUACAUUUGGAGAAUUUUGUGUGUAUGCAUCAGAAUUAAAAUCCUGUUAUGAAAAUAAAAUUCCUCGUCCAACUCCUCUAUCCAAAUCAGCUAAAGAAACCCGGAAAUUAAGCAAUAGAAGGAGAAGUGCUGUACAGCGGUCUUCAAAAUAUCAAGUAUUCCUUGGUGGUUCAUGUAAUCCUACUACUUGGAGAAGAGAUAUUGCUAUACCUUUCUUUAAAAAACUGGGAAUUACAUACUACAAUCCACAAGUUGCUCAGUGGGGUCCAGAACUGAUUGAACUUGAAAAUCAAGCUAAGCAAAAUGCUGAAGUUAUGUUUUUUGUGAUAGAUAAUCAAACAAGAUCUGUAGCAUCUAUGAUAGAAGCUUCUCAAAUAGCUGGGACACAAAGAAAACUAAUACUAGUAAUACAUGAAUUUGAGAAACCUGGAGCUGUUGUAAUGGGAGAAACUGUUACAGAAAAGGAAUUCCGAGAUUUGCAGCAAGGUCAGCGAUAUCUCCAAGACUUAGUAGAGAGACAGGGCAUUCCUGUUUUCAAUAAUAUUGACCAUGCUGUCCAGUGUACUGCUACUAUUCUACAAAAGAAUAUCAAACCUCAGGAUUUAACAAUUGCAGAUGCUGCACAACCAGUUAAAAUGGCAUACAUACAGAUUGGCGAUAAACUUAUAAAGUUAAAAGAAGUAUUUGAUGACUUGGAUUCCGAUGGCUGUGGAGAGAUCACACUAAAAGAUGUUUGCAUGGCAUUUAAAAUACUUACAAGUUCUGAGCUGCCUAUUGAGAAGUUGAAAGCAGUUGUACUUCAACAAAAAGGUUUCCCUAGCGAUACCCUAAAAAAUUCUUCCUUUGAAAACUGCAGAAUAGAUUUCAAUCAGUUUUGUUGUAUCAUGACAGAGUUUAGGAGUGAGGCUGAAAGUGGAUCACUGAACUUUGCAGCUGUGAAAAGUAAAGCAUCAGAUUUCCUUUGCUCAGUUUUAACACCAUUGUCCAAAUUAGUAGAUUGGAUACGUCCAGGAAGUACAUCAGAUUCAGAUAUCAGAAAUGUAGGUAAUGAUGUGUCUUACGAUGCUACCUUAAGAGAUGUUUAUUUAGGUGGUACUAGGAAACCAUCAACCUGGAGAGAAGAUAUUGCAAUUCCUCUGUUAAAAAAAAAAGGUUUGACAUAUUUUUCCCCUCAGGAUGGUGUGUGGAGUGAAAGAUUAAUUCCUAUGGAAGCUACAAAUAUGGAAAAUAGCCAAGUCUUACUUUUUGUAAUAAAAAAUGAUUCCAGAUCUUUAGCCGAUAUGAUUUUAGCAGCUCAUUAUGUUGGUCUUGGAUGUCAAGUUGUUCUUUGUAUCCAGUACAUACCAGAUGAUACGGAAAUCGAUGGAGAAAAGCUGUCUACUCAGGCUGUCAAAGAUUAUAACAGAGGACGUGUUUAUCUUUCGGACUUAGCAACUAGAGCAGGUGUGCCAGUUUUUGAAGAAAUUGAUGAAGCUGUUAACUGUGCUGUGAAUAUGUGUCUCCAAAAUUCUUAGUUUGUAAACUUUUCAGGAGAAAUCCUGGAACUUUUGAAGAUCUGAUAUUAUUCCACAAACUUCAGCAUUAGACUUUAAUGGCAGUUUGUUUGGAAUUACAGACAUUGCAUUGUGUCCUUCUAUCAUCAGAUGUGAAACAUACGCACAGAGUUUUUAGUUGUUUUUGUUUUACACAUUGCUCAUGUGUUGGUAAAGAUUUUAGUUGUGUCCUGUUUUUUUUACUCAGCGAGUUGAACUUUUCUACUGUUUAAUAAUAAAUUAAAUUAUGAAUAAUUCUUUAAUAUAUUACACUGAAAUGGGACAUAAUUUGCCAUACAGACUGUUGAGAAUCAUGUUCGUGAAGGAUAAAUCUAAGAUUUUUAAUUAAUGUAAAAAAUAUUAAUUACAAUUUUUUUUUUUUUUUAAAAUUGUAUAGAAUGUAUCAAGAAGAGUAUCCUUUCGUUGUAAGUACAGUUUACCACAUCUGAAAUGCAUUAUUUUUCCUAUUCAGAACUGCCUCAUUUUUAUUACAUUUAAAAGUAUUCCUGUAAUUUUAAGUUGUUUAUUAAAUGAUUUCUUGAAAAGUAGAAUGCGACUGCAAAGAGAACAUUAAAAUUUUACCUGAAUACUUAAAUAUAAAUUUGAUAAUUUUUUGUUUGAAUCAUGGGAAAAAAGAGAAGCAUUAGAAAUAAGUAUUAAUUAGUGAUGUAGAUUAUUCUUCGUUUUUGGCAAUGUUCCACUGUACAUUAUCGAUUAUUAACAGUAUUAGCACUACCAUAUAGUUAGGCCUUAAAAAGCAGUGUAUUAUUUUUUUACAAUAUGUGUUUAAUAUGUGUUAUGUUUGUUAUGUGUCAUAUGUGUAAAAGGUAAUUUUUAAGUUUUCGCAAAAUGCAAAUUUCUAAUUUGGUUUAAUUGCAAAAUGGUAUUAUUUCAACUUCUUUAAUUGAAAAUAAUUAAAGCAUUGAGAUUAGAAAUGGUGUGUACCACCAUUUAUCCAAAUUAAAUUUUUUGUGCCGAAACACAAUAUAUGAAGAAAUGCUGCAAGUCAUUUUCCCUUGGAAAAUAUAUUGGUAUGGUGAGAACAAAACAGAAGCCGAUAGAAAGAUUUUUAAAUCUUAAAAAUUUCAAAGCAGCAACUACCACUUUUCUGGUCUUGGUCAUCUGGUUUGAAAAUACUUUUUUUUACAUAAUUAAGCUGUUAUGUGCACAUGAAUUUGUUUCUGAAAUACAAGAUUCUCCACUAGCUUUAAUAUUAUGUUUUGUAACAUUUAUAACAAGCUUAUAAUUCUUCAAAAAUAUUAUUUAUUAAUUAUGUUAUUAAAACUUAAAAAAAUAUUAUGACCUGUACACUUUACCGUAUUAUAAGAAUUGGAAAUCAAAUAGGCAUAAACGAUAUUCAUAUGACCUGUGGUUAAUUUAUUACUCCUUAUAUAAACAUGGAAAAUCUGAGACAAAUAAUAUUUUUUGGUUUCCUAAUAGCUCAUUUGUGUGAUUGCUUUGUAAAAUGUUUGUUUUAAUAUAAUUUUUAAUAUAUUGUAUAUAUGUAUUAAGGGACCAACCACAGUUUAAAUAUUCUUUUUAAUUGAGAUUUUUUUGUUAUGAAAGACAGAUUUUUGCAUAUUUUGCUUUUUACAUCCAUGUGUUUUUUAAGAACUGAUUCCAUACUGCUAAAUUAUUAGCAUUAAAAUUAAAUAUGGAAACUGCAGAUAUUGAAAACCAUUUGCUGGGGAAAUUUUAUUUCAUAACCUAAAUCUUUUAUGAAAUAGCAUGUGUAUUUUAAAACUUCAUAGUAUUAUUUAUGUAUUUACCAAUUGCUUUUUGUGAUAAUGAAAAUUAUUAUUUUAAUGAUUAAUAAUUACAGUAGUUGCUAAUGUUAACAAAAAAUAUAACUGAUUCAUAUAACAAAUAUCAGUUCUUGUAGGGUGUAUGAUUAUUAAGGCUGUUAGGUGUUAAUUUAGGGGGAUUUUUUGAAAAAUAAUUUUGCUAACUUCACUAAGGUGUAACUAUUGUAUAUAUUUUCCUGAAAACAACAAUUAAAUCUUUAUAUAAAGUUC